GGGUUGACACUGACACAGUGACAUGUUGUUUCAUGUAUGUGCCGAUUGUGUUACACAGUUCAAGCUACGUGCAGGCAAGUGAAUUAGUGAUGGAUUCCGCUUGACAAAUCCCAGGGUGUGAGUGACAGUUUGUGAUAACUAUCAGGUCUGUACUGUACUCUAACUACACUAGAGUGGUUCAGUCAUGUUCGUGUGCGAUGGAGCCAGGGGGAGAUGUUGUCUCCUCCUCCUUACUAUCCUUGUGGAGUUAGCUACAGCAUCGGAAAGAUACUCAUGUCCAGAGGGGUGGCUGUUGAAACAAGCAUCUUGCUACAGAUGGGGGACGACUGCAGUCUCACACAGCCAGGCAACGGUUCAGUGUCAGGAGUGGGGGGCAGGUCUCAGGGUCAUCAACAGUGAACAAGAAAACUCGCUUUUUACAGGCUCGCUUUCUGGCAGUGGGACCAAUUACUGGUUGGGAAUUGACAGAUUAGGAGGUAAUGGCUGGCGUGUUACCGACCAUCUCGGUCAGUCACAGGAACUAGUCUACAAUAGAUUAUCUUCGAGCUACAAUCGGCGCGACAGAAAUUGUGCAGUAUGGUCCUCAACAAAGGCUUGGUCAACGGUUAGGUGUGAUUCGGCAUUUCAAUUCAUAUGCCAAAAGCCAGCAGAAUGUGUCAAGAAUAUGUUUGGAAUCAACUGUUCCUCGGAAUGCCACUGUAAAGGGGAGCCAUGUGACCCCACGUCUGGGAUCUGUAAACAUGGCUGCCUACUAGGGUGGAGUGGACAAUCAUGUGACACAGAAAAACUCAAAGCUGAAGCAAAGUUCUACUGCUUCAAAAUCAACGGUGUCAAUGAGAUGGUGUUCAGGACAAACCAGAAAAACACCACCUAUCGAUCAGUGGCUGCCUUAGACAAGGGAGGUAACCUUAUUACAUCAUGUGACAAAACGAUAUUCGAUUACUUUGAGGCAGGAGGAUUGGCUACACUGAAAGUGAGAAAGGAUGGAGACCGUUACGAACCCAAGUGUGGAGAAAUUAAGGAAUCAGACCACGUGGUGACGUGGAGGUUCAAGUUUCAGGAGUUCCCUGUGACAUUUUCGGCGUAUGAUGUCCAAUUCGAGGUGACGUGCGACUUCACCGAGGCGGACACACUACACAGACGUAUUGCCAGUGAAGGCGAAAAACCCCCGAACCAGACAACAACGUUAACUGAAAGUAAGCUGUCCGUCAGUUUUGACAUCAUCGACCCUUACAAGGAUGUUCCUGUGACUACUGCCACUCUUGGACAGCAGGUGCAGCUGCAGAUGAAGCUCAACAGCGAAGUCGAGUAUGGAAUCAGCGCCAUAGCUCCUUUCAACUGUUCUGUCAGCUCGCCUGAUGACCAUCACUAUGUAUUGCUUUCUGAUGAACAUGGGUGCAUGACAGAGAACGCCCAGAUUCAGUUCCCUAACACGGACCUCCUGACGUGGCGUAGUGAGCUGUUCGAGACCUUCGCCUUUCCCGGAUAUGACAAGCUCCUCUUCCGGUGUCAGUUCCAUACAUGUUUCGACGAAGAGCAUCCUAUCUGUCAUGAUAUGUGCACCCACUCUAAGAAGAGGAAGGUCAGGAAGAUGCGGAAGAGGAGACGUUCGCACAAACCUCGUCAUCCAGUAGAGGUCGGGACAACACUCGCUGUCAAGACUGGCAACGUUUAAAUCAGAACAUAAUGUGACGAUUUGUGUUGGCGGGCAUAGAUGUCCAACGCCAUAUUUACCCUGUUUUGGUAUUUCGUAUUCCUGUGAGAAUUACAGUACUAACCUGUGAUGUAACCACUGAAAGUGAGUUGGGGAAUAUGGUUUUACGUCUUUCUAGCCAUAUUCCAGCAAUCUCACGGCAGGGUGGCAUGGUCCUUCGGCGUGACGAACGCUGCACAUAACCUCUGGGCUUUGUAAAAUUGAUGAUCAUAUGAUGGAGACACUUACUUUGAACAUUGGUUUAAUAAUUCUUUUGAUGUUACUAUUUUAUACCUGUCAGUUUGUCAAUAUUAAUUGAUUGGAAAGGUAGAGAUAGAAACGUUCUGACACGUUUCAUCAAUUCCAUAUAGAUUAAUACCCUUUCUUGGUGCGUGGGUAUUGCUCAACCUCAUGGUUUUCGUAAGAUGUACCAUAUGAUAAUAAAUAUUCUGAUCAUCA